AUGUUCGGCUUCAUCGGCCCCAACGGAGCCGGGAAAAGCACUACGAUCCGCUUCCUGGCCACGUUGCUCAAGGCCGAUCGGGGCGACGGCACAGUCAACGGGCACAGUGUGGUCAAUGAUCCUCUGGGGGUACGGCGUAGCGUCGGGUACAUGCCCGACAACUUUGGUGUGUACGACGGAAUGAAGGUUUGGGAGUUCCUCGAUUUCUUCGCCGUCGCCUACCAGAUUCCUCGCCAAAAGCGUCGCGCUGUCAUUGGCGACGUGCUCGAGCUGCUCGACCUCACCUAUAAGAGAGACGAUUUCGUCAACGGUCUUUCCCGCGGUAUGAAGCAGCGGCUCUGCUUGGCAAAAACCCUGGUGCACGACCCGCCGGUGCUUAUUCUCGAUGAACCUGCCAGUGGGUUGGAUCCUCGCGCCCGCCUGGAAGUGAAAGCCCUGCUGAAAGAACUGCGCCAAAUGGGGAAGACGAUUCUCAUUUCGAGCCACAUUCUCACCGAGCUGGCCGACUGUUGCACUUCGAUCGGCAUCAUCGAACGCGGGCGGUUGCUGAUGCACGGUCCGAUUGACGACGUCUACCGGCGGAUCAAACGGAACCGCAUCGUCGAGAUCAAAGUGCUCGACCGCAUGGACAUCGCGAUGACGGUGGUGCGCAGCUUGCCCGAGACGCUCGACGUCCAGCAAUUCGAUCACCGCCUCACCGUGGAACUGGCCGCCGACGACACCGUGCUGGCCAAUCUCCUGGAGCGGCUACUCGCCGAAGAACCCACGAUGUACAUUCGCGACAACCCAGUGCUGCAACGCGAACUGCUGGUGAACCUGCGGAUGGGACGGGCGUUCGUUCUGCUGUUGGCCUACUUGGGGCUGUUGUCGGCCGUGGUCUAUGUGCAAUGGCCGUCGGAGCGGAUCGAUGUGACGAACCCCGCCCAGUCGCAGCGAUUGAUGAACCUGUUCUUCCUGGGGCAAUAUCUGCUGGCAUCGCUGAUGGCCCCCAGUUUUGCGGCCGGUUCAAUCACGGGUGAAAAAGAACGGCAAACUUACGAGAUGCUGUUGGCCAGCCCAUUGCGGCCCGGGGCCGUGUUGUUGGGCAAGUUCUUCGCUUCUCUGUGCCACUUGGCGUUACUGAUCUUCUGCUCCCUGCCCAUCGUCAUGCUGUGUCUUCCGUUGGGUGGAACGUCGCUGUACGAGUUGCUGGCUUCGUACGUGGUGCUCAUUCUUUCGAUCGCCACCUUCGGCAUGAUCAGCCUCACUUGCAGCGGGUUCUUCGCGCGCACUUCGGCCGCCCUUGUGGUUUCCUACAUGCUGAUCCUUCCGCUGGCGAUCGUGGGAGCUACCACCUGGUAUCAACUCGGCACCGCUCCGACCUCGGCUCGUCUGUGGUUGGCAUUCUUCGUGCUGCCGAUCAUGACGAUCCUGGUUUGCGUCCCCUUGUUCAUGGUUACGGCCCGACGUUUACUUCACCCGCCCGAUGUGGGCAGCGAAGGGAAGGACGUAGUCGACGAGCAGCGCGAAAUGCAGGAAGCCGUGGGAUUGGUCAUUCAGCGAGACAAGUUCCCCGACCGGCUGUUUGCUCCCGCCAAGCGUACCGAUCUGCUCGAAGACGGGCAGAACCCCAUGUACGACAAGGAAAUGCACAGCGAACUGUUCGCUCAGGGCACCCUCAUGCUCAGGGUCGUCAUUCAAGUGAGCAUGUUGGUUGCAAUUCCCAUGAUGGGAAUCUUUCUGUAUUUCCGGCCCGAGCUGGCGGGGUGGUACAUCUCCUAUGUCGUGAUGUUCAACGUGCUGGUGGGGCCUGUAUUCUCUGCUGGGAGUGUAACCAGCGAACGUGAGCGCCAAACGUUGGACCUGCUGCUGACCACCACGCUGAGCCCCUUUCAGAUUCUCAGCGGAAAGCUCUUUUCGGGCCUCCGCGUCUCGACGGUGCUCACCAGCUUUCUUAUUUGGCCGCUGCUGUUGGCAUUCUUGAUGGUGUAUGUGUACUGGCCCACGUGGCAAUCACUGCUGGCCUACAUCGCACUCAUCUACAUGACAUGUCUUACCACGGCCACCAUCGCGCUGUUUUCCUCGGUCCUGUUCAAGAAAACGUCAAUCAGCCUGAUGACGAGUUACCUGGUGCUCAUCAUCCUGUUCGCCGGUCCGGUGGCGGUGCAGUUCUUCACCACCACGUUCUACGAAGCAGGCGAAGCCGCGGCGGUGCUUACCCAGUCCACGGUGGCCAGCCCCUUCACGGCGGCAUUUGCCGUGCCGCUGAACUUCUCCCGAGAAGCUGGGAUGGAUUUAGUCGACGGGGCCGUGGUGGGGAAUUGGACCGAGUAUGGGGCGUUCAUGUUGUUCUACACCAUCGUGAACACAUUUCCGCCCGGCCCGUUUGGCUUCCAACAAUGCCGCAUCGGCCGCGGCGAGCAACGUCGGAGAGUCUGUCGCUCCAUCUGGAACCAGCCAUACGAAGCCGAUGCUGCAAGUAACCGGCUCCGCAGCAACGCGAUUGGUUGCAUCGGCCACCGCAACGCGAAUUCGCUCCCACACCGCGGGUGCGUUAUCGGCAGCGAGUUGCCCCAGAACUACGGCGAACUCAUCACCACCCAGUCGGGCCAGCAGGUCGCCCGAUCGCGUGGCACGUUGCAGUGCCGCGGCCGUCGCUUUCAGCACUUCGUCACCCUGCGGAUGUCCCGCGGUGUCGUUCACACGUUUGAAGCGAUCGAGAUCGACGAUGCCCAAACUCACGCCUUCCCCGCUUUGGCGGGCUUGUGCCAACCGUUGCUCCAAAUUGCCGGUCCAUGCCCGACGAUUCGGCAAGCCAGUCAACUGGUCGGUCUCCGCAAGCUGGCGAACUUGCGAGGUGGCGAUGGUUUGCCGGUGAUUGGCGAACCGCAACCGCGCAAUCUCUGCACAAAGCCCGACGGCCAUCUCGAUUUCUCUAGAACUCGCAUCCACCGGAAGUCGCACGUCGGCUGGGCAAUCGGCGUCCACUGCAAUCACGGCCGCCGUGGGAGGAAUUCCACGAUUCAGUGCCGCGUACUCCGAUGA